AUGGCGGACAGCAUUUUAUCGGACGACUUGAUCAAUGUUUUACCGGAAUUUCGAGAUUUAUUUCAGGAAAUUUUUAACGACAACGAUAGUGAUGAGUUUGAGGGAUAUGAGAUGGAUGAUGUUGAGGAGAUUGACCAUCCUUUUGACGCCUUCGCAGAAGAAAAUUGGAGACGUGGUAGACUAGCAGAGACGUCUACUUUCACUUUCACCGCAGACCCGGGAGUGACCCUGGAACAAAACCAAAGGACUCACCUGGACUACUUCAAAGAGUUUGUUUCGGAAGACAUUAUUUCAACUAUUGUUCAAGAAACCAUCAGAUAUGCAGCUGAUUUCCUAGCCAGUCAUGGAACGCUUCCAGUCCAUUCACGCCUUAGGAAAUGGAGUCCAGUUAGCAACAACGAGAUGAAGGCAUUUCUUUGGAUGAUCAUUGCUAUGGGGCUAGUGACGCAGGCGAACAUCCAAGAUUACUGGUCUUCUGAUCCUGUUGUGAGUACUCUAUUUUUUGGGACUGUGAUGUCUAGGGAUCGAUUUUUAAGCAUCAUGAGCUUCCUGCAUCACUCGGACAACAACAUGGCUCUUCAGAGGGGGCAGGAGAACUAUUCUCCACUUCAAAAGCUUGGAAGUCCAUAUCAGAAGAUUCUGGAGAACUUUGAGAGGGUGUAUACACCACACCAGGAGUUGGCCAUAGAUAAGGGCAUGAUACCUUGGCGAGGGAAUUUGCAUUUCAGAGUUUAUAGUCCAGACAAACCAACAAAAUAUGGCAUAAAGGUGUACAUGUUGUGUGACUCGGCAAAUGGAUAUUGCUCAAGGCUAGAGCUGUUUACUGGGAGGGAGUGUCGACCUGUGCCCUCAGAAUAUGGAGUGACCUAUGAUUUGCUGAUGCGUCUCAUUCAACCCAACUUGAACAAAGGAUAUACACUGUUCACUGACAAUUAUUUCACCAGUCCUCAUUUGUACUAUAACUUAUACUUGAAUGCUACAUUAGCAUGUGGAACUCUACGCAGUAACAGAAAAGGUGUUCCCAGGAUGUUGAGGGAGACUCGUCCAGUUGAAGGGAAUACAGUCACGUUCAACAAUGGAGUUUUGACCGCUGUUAAGUUUGCUGACAAGAAGGAUGUGUACCUUCUUACAACUAUUCAUGAAGGUAAAAUGGUUCCAACAGGGAAGAGAGACUAUUAG